AUGGUCCUCUACAGCUUCUACAUCUUCGAUCGGCACACCGAGUGCAUCUACUCGCGGCGCUGGACGCCCGCGCGCCCCUCGUCGUCGUCGUCCAAAGCCACGGCGCGCCCGCAAUCCGGCACCUCGAUUGCGUCCAACGGGGACGUCGUGGCCGCCGUGCGCAAAGGCAUGUCGCAUUCUGACGACGAGAAGCUCGUCUUUGGCCUCGUCUUCUCGCUGCGCAACCUCGUUACCAAGCUGGGCGGCGCCGACGACACCUUCCUCAGCUACCGCACCGGCGAGUACAAGCUGCACUACUACGAGACGCCCACGCGCAUGAAGUUUGUCAUGCUCACCGAUACAAAGGUGAUUAACCUGCGCCAGUACUUGCAUCAGAUUUGGGCCAAUUUGUACGUCGAGUAUGUGGUGAAGAAUCCGCUGGCGCCUGUGGAGCAUCCCGGUGGGAUUGGGGUUGCGAAUGAGCUGUUUGAGAGGGGUUUGGAAGCUUUCAUCACGGCGGUGCUGCCGGUUUGA